CUAUUUUCUAUGGUUAAAUAAGCGUUUUCCCUAAGGUGGCCAUUAUGCCAAAAAAUUGUAUAUCUAAGAAUUUGGCCUACUAAUACCAAAUCUAAAAACCUCUGACUAGAUAUAGUGAAAUUAGGCUCACUUACCCUACUACGGUCGUUUAAAAGAAAUUUGUCAAAGCUCGCCGCAUAUCGAAAAAUUGCAUCAUUUACUAUAAUGCACAUGAUUUGAAACAUAAACAUACUUAACUCAAAAGUAUGGAUGCUUGUUGCUGAUCUUGACCUUGGACACAGUGAAAAUUUUUCACAAAGUUUUUCGUUUGAGUGAAGUGCUCUGAAAAGAUGUUUCGAUAAAUCCUAGCAGCUCAUUCUCUGUUUGUCAAUAAUUUUCGUACCCAUCAAAUCUCGACAUCCAAAUUUUAGCCAAAUUAAAUGGACAACAUCAGCGUGACGGAUCUAAGGCAUCGGUACUUCGGUCCAACGUUGGACGAAAGCAUUCUGUAUGGAGUCGAAUGUUUGAGGGGUCUUUUCCGGUCAUCAAAUCAACAAUCUAAUAAUAAGCUGAGUGAUUUGCAUCUGUACAAAUCAACUUUGGAUACUAGCAUCGGUAGUGAUCGCCGGUUGACUGAAAAUUCCCUCAUAUCCGGCUCACGGAACAGUUCUAGACGAGGUUCAAGAGACUCUUCGAGACUUGUCUCUUCAUCGGUUGACUCUAAUCUAGUUCCGGAAAAGAUGAACGGUAAGAAACGUGUCAUAACUUCGACUCCACGACAAGAAUACUGGAGAAAGCUGUCACAAAGUAGCAAAGCUCUAGUACCUGAUCCCAAACCAUCACAAUCACCAAAAUUAUCCUCCGGGAGUAUAAAAAGACAAAUGAAAAAAGAGCAAUCGACUACCAGGAAUGUAACGAACAACUCCAAAAACAAAAAUUCUCUAGACAUUAAAAUCCCCCAAAAAUUUCCCCCAUCUCCACCGGAAGUUAAAAUACCGAACCGCUCUAAAACAUCACCGGAACCAAUUGCUCUAUCGGCCAAUAAAAAUCGUCCCAAGCUUUUGGACACACGGUGGGCCAUCGUGCGGGUGCAGGAGUUUGCCGAUUCGGCGAAAACCUACGAAAUAAUCAAGCCCUCGGACACGUUGCUGCCCAAGUCGCUGCUGGAGCUGAAAAAACCCUGCGGAAUGCCUCCAGACUGCGCACCGGAAGUGAUUUUCGCAACCCUUCCGGAUGCCUCGGUGGCUGUUUAUCAUGGAGACAUUUCUGAGAAGCGGAAAUCUUUCAAUAUCACCAAACAGUCACAAAACUGAAUCAUUUUCCAAAUUUAGAAUAAGGUUAAAAAUAGAAAUGGUAUUCUGAACGCCUUCGAA